AUGCAGGAUUCGGCCCUUUCGGACACCGACGAGGACCCCGAGGACGAGGCCGAAACCGGCGAAACCGGCGCCGUGGAGUACCCCGGAACUGUGGUUCCGGACUUGCACCCGGACCAGAUAGCCAGCGACUUCGACUUGGCCCGCGAGUACCCGGACGACACGGAGUACAUCGACCUCAUCCACCUCAAAAUCCAGAGUUUGGAGGACCUCAACCUCGGCCGCUUCCCGAAGUUGGAGGCGUUGUGUUUGCGCCAGAAUCUCAUCGAGUCCGUGGGCGGCGUGCGGGAUUUGCCCGUGGACACCUUGGAAGAAUUGGAUUUCUACGACAACCGCAUCAACCACCUCAGCAGCCAGUUGAACCGGCUCGUGCGCUUGAAAAACCUCGACCUCUCGUUCAACAAGAUCAAGAACAUCAAGAACAUCGACCGCUUGGUGGGCCUCGAGAACUUGUACUUUGUGCAGAACAAAAUCAGCGAGAUCAAGAACUUGCGCACGUUGAAGAGCUUGAAGAACCUCGAGUUGGGCGGCAACCGCCUCGCCGCCAUCCUGCCGGAAAUGCUCCACUUGCCCAGCAUCGAGCAGUUGUGGUUGGGGAAAAACAAAAUCGCGCGCCUCGAGAACCUCGACAACUUGGCCUGUCUCCGCGUGCUCUCCAUCCAGUCCAACAGACUCACGCGCAUCGAGGGCUUGGACAAGUUGGUCAACUUGGAGGAACUCUAUCUUUCGCACAACGGCAUCGAGCGCAUCGAGAACUUGGAGCACAACGCCAACCUCACGGUGCUCGACGUGACCUCCAACAGACUCACGCAUUUGAGCGGGCUCGCGCACUUGAAGAAACUCACGGAUUUCUGGUGCUCGUACAACCAGAUCUCGUCCUUCAAUGAGAUCACUGAGCAGUUGGGCCUGUUGCCCGACUUGGACACGGUGUACUUCGAGGGCAACCCUGUGCAGCUCACCAACCCCACGGCAUACAGACGGAAGUUGCGUCUUUGUCUCGGCGACUCGCUCGCCAAGAUCGAUGCCACGUACGUCCGGACAUGA